CUGCUGCUGGGGACUGGUCUCCGUCCAGGACUGUGAAGCUGUGUUAUUUUUUUUCCUCGCUUGCAGGUUUGUGAGAUGGCUGCUGACAUUUCCGAAUCCGGGGGGCAUGAGUGCAAAGGAGACUCCAGGAGCAACACCAAGUUAGAUGCGGAUUAUCCGCUGCGCGUCCUCUACUGCGGAGUGUGCUCAUUACCAACAGAGUACUGUGAAUAUAUGCCAGACGUUGCUAAAUGCAGACAGUGGCUAGAGAAGAACUUUCCAAAUGAGUUUGCAAAGCUUACAGUAGAAAAUUCACCCAAACAAGAAGCUGGAGUCAGUGAGGGUCCAGGCGCCGCAGGGGAGGAAGAGGAGAAGAAGAAACAGAAGCGAGGUGGAAGGGGUCAAAUAAAACAGAAAAAGAAGACCGUUCCUCAGAAGGUCGCCAUAGCCAAGAUCCCCAGGGCCAAGAAGAAGUACGUAACCAGAGUGUGUGGCCUUGCAACUUUCGAAAUCGAUCUUAAAGAAGCACAAAGAUUUUUUGCUCAGAAAUUCUCCUGUGGUGCCUCAGUGACAGGGGAGGAUGAGAUCAUCAUUCAGGGAGACUUUACAGACGACAUCAUUGAUGUCAUUCAGGAAAAAUGGCCGGAGGUGGAUGACGAGAGCAUCGAAGACCUUGGGGAAGUGAAGAAGUGAUUUGGGAAACCUGUCUAUUUAAUGGUCUGAACUGAGAGUUGAUAUAGCCAAAGGGGGAGAGGCCUUUUGAAAAAAUCUAUAUUUAUCCUGCAGUAAAGCUGUGGACGACCCUCGCCCUUGGCAUUUUCACUGUUCUGUACAAGGCUGCUUGUUUUUUUUUAUUGCCAAAGUCUAAUAAACGGGAGACUCAGUCAUGCUUCUGCAUGAGAUAGAAUUUAGACAAAUAAAAAUUUUGGGUCACUUGGUACUGACUUUUCUCUCUCAAACUUUUUAUUUUUUGAAAAAGCACUGUAGACUUUUUGUGGAAAGUUUAUCUGUUGAUUGUUUUUCAAAUGGCCGUGAUUUCAUCAAAUCAUGAUUUAAAGCUGAGUGAUGUUUUAAAGAAUUGUAAUCUGGCUUCACCCCCUGUCAUAAUUGUCUCCUUGCUCCUUUGGUGUGAUUGUUUUGAGGUGCCUGAGCAUCUCAUAGAUUUGUGGUUGAGUUGGCUUCAUUGUUACCAACCAAGUCCACUUUGUUGGUAGGAGUUGUUCAAGCUCUUUUGGAUAUUAUUUGGUAAAGUAUAUUAAAAGCCUUAAAACCAUCUGCACUGUCCGACCCAGUAAGCCACUUCUUCAACAUUAUCCUAAAGAUACAAGUCUUGUGUUCAUCACAAUGUUACUCAUAGUAUCAAAAAAUUACAAAUGAUAUAAGUGAGAGGGUUAAAGAAAUGAUGGUGCAUCAUAUGUUAGAAUAUUACGCAUAUAUUUUAAAAUAUUUCCCAAGAAUACUUGGGAACAUGUUUCAUAAUGUUAAGUAGGGGGCUGACCCCAAAUCCGUUUUACACAUUACCAUCGAUUUGCGUGGAAGGCCAUUCAGAGGCUCUUUGAGUGUAAAAUCCUGCUAACCAGCUGCAGAUGUUAUAAACCCAUGUUCCCUAUAUUGUCUGGGAAAUAGCAAUUGAAACAUGUUUUUUUCUCACAAAGAGAAACUGACCAUUUUAAUGAGUGCACUAAAUGAAUUUAAACUUUGUUUUUAUAAAGGUCUUAAGUCAGGUGCUACAAAUUGAAAAGAAGACUCGUGCUAUUUUAAUUGCUAUAGACCCCUUUAAGAAAUUUAGAACCUAUUGUUUAUUGCCAUGCAAAUUACAAUCUUGAAUGUGUUUUUUUAAUAAUUAAAAUCUUGGAAUGUAUAGUGAAGAUGUAAAUUUAAAAAAAAAUCUGCAUUAACUGAGUUUUAUUAAAUAUGAUUAUUAUCUGAUGAAGCAAAUUUAUCCAUCGAGACCAUCUGGUGUGUGUUAUGUGUGCUGUUGGUGCUGGAAGAUGUCUGUGUGCCUGUAUCAUCAACACAUGUGACUUCAUGUAAAGAUUCUUAAUGUUCACAGUUCUUGGUGAAUGCAGUUUCAACCCAUCUAUAGCCAGCAGUGGAUGUUACUGCUGGAAAAUGCAGGAUUAAAAUUGUCAUUGUGUA